AUGACUCCAGACAAGACUCCAAACACACAAGACUCCAGACACACAAGACCCAGACACAAGACUCCAGACACACAAGACUCCAGACACACAAGACUCCAGACACACAAGACUCCAGACACACAAGACUCCGGACACAAAGACUCCAGACACACAAAGACUCCAGACGCACAAGACUCCAGACGCACAAGACUCCAGACGCACAAGACUCCAGACGCACAAGACCCAGACACACAAGACUCCAGACACACAAGACUCCAGACACACAAGACUCCAGACACACAAGAUCCAGACACACAAGACUCCAGACACACAAGACUCCAGACACACAAGACUCCAGACACACAAGACUCCAGACACAAGACUCCAGACACACAAGACUCCAGACACAAGACUCCAGACAACAAGACUCAGAGACACACAAGACUCCAGGCGCACAAGACUCCAGACACACAAGACCCAGACACACAAGACCCAGACACAAGACUCCAGACACACAAGACUCCAGACACACAAGACUCCAGACAAACAAGACUCCAAACACACAAGACUCCAGACACAAGACCCAGACACACAAGACUCCAGACACACAAGAUCCAGACACACAAGACUCCAGACACACAAGACUCCAGACACACAAGACCCAGACACAAGACUCCAGACACACAAGACUCCAGACACACAAGACUUCAGACACACAAGACUCCAGACACACAAGAGACUCCAGACGCACAAGACCCAGACACACAAGACUCCAGACGCACAAGACUCCAGACACACAAGACUCCAGACACACAAGACUCCAGACACACAAGACUCCAGACACACAAGACUCCAGACCCACAAGACUCCAGACACACAAGACUCCAGACACAAGAGACCCAGACGCACAAGACUCCAGACACACAAGACUCCAGACACACAAGACUCCAGACACACAAGACUCCACACACAAGACUCCAGACACACAAGACUCCAGACACACAAGACUCCAGAGCACAAGACUCAGACGCACAAGACUCCAGACGCACAAGACCCAGACACACAAGACUCCAGACGCACAAGACCCAGACACACAAGACUCCAGACACACAAGACUCCAGACACACAAGACUCCAGACGCACAAGACUCCAGACACACAAGACUCCAGACACACAAGACUCCAGACACACAAGACUCCAGACACACAAGACCCAGACACAAGACUCCGGACGCACAAGACUCCAGACACACAAGACUCCAGACACACAAGACUCCAGACACACAAGACCCAGACACACAAGACUCCAGACACACAAGACUCCAGACGCACAAGACUCCAGACGCACAAGACUCCAGACGACAAGACUCCAGACACACAAGACUCCAGGCACACAAGACUCAGACCACCAAGACUCCCGAACCACCAAAGCUCAGACACACAAGACUCCAGACACACAAGACUCCAGACACACAAGACUCCAGACACACAAGACUCCAGACACACAAGACUCCAGACACACAAGACUCCAGACACACAAGACUCCAGACACACAAGACUCCAGACACACAAGACUCCAGACGCACAAGAGACUCCCUAA